GUGGCGGAGUAACUCGGAAUGCUCUGUGGUCUGGAAGCGGCUCGCGCUGCACAUCCAGAAGCUGGACGCUCGCGCGCUGCUCGGCUCCAUCAGUGAGAAGCGGAACCGGAAGCAGCCAUGAGCUUCUUCGGGUUCGGUCAGACUGCGGACAUCGAUAUCAUCCUGAAUGACGCCGAGACGAGGAAGAAAGCGGAGCACAAGAGCGAAGACGGAAGGAAGGACAAAUAUUUCCUCUUCUACGACGGAGAGACGGUGGCCGGGAAGGUCAGCGUGACGCUGAAGUACCCGGGGAAGAGGCUGGAGCACAGCGGCAUCAGAGUGGAGUUUGUGGGUCAGAUAGAGCUGUACUAUGACAGAGGGAACCACCAUGAGUUCGUGUCGUUGGUGAAGGACUUGGCUCGGCCUGGAGAGCUCACACAGUCCCAGACGUUUGACUUCGAGUUCACGCAUGUGGAGAAACCGUACGAGUCGUACACGGGUCAGAACGUCAAACUACGGUACUUUCUGAGGGCGACGGUCGGCCGAAGGUUGACUGACAUCAGCAAAGAGCUGGACGUUGUGGUUCACACGCUGAGCACCUACCCAGACCUCAACUCCUCCAUCAAGAUGGAAGUGGGGAUCGAGGACUGCCUGCACAUUGAGUUUGAGUACAAUAAAUCCAAAUAUCACCUCAGAGAUGUGAUUGUUGGGAAGAUUUACUUCCUUCUGGUGAGGAUUAAGAUCAGACACAUGGAAAUCGACAUCAUCAAGCGGGAGACGACCGGAACGGGACCCAACGUUUACCAUGAGAAUGACACCAUCGCAAAGUAUGAGAUCAUGGACGGCGCUCCGGUCAGAGGAGAAUCCAUCCCCAUCCGGCUCUUCCUGGCGGGCUAUGAGCUCACCCCCUCCAUGAGAGACGUCAACAAGAAGUUCUCGGUGCGAUACUUCCUCAACCUGGUCCUCAUAGACGAGGAGGAGAGGCGCUAUUUCAAACAACAGGCAAGUAGACUGUCUGAGAACGAGGCCUUCAGGGACCGAGGGAUUUCUCAGUAUCUGCUGGAGGUAGUUUGAUUCAAACGUUACUGA